AAUUUUUCAAGGAAUUGCAACAUUAUUGGAAGGAAUUGGGUUCAGAUUGUGUUUUGGACUUGAAUGCUUGGGCCGUUCGGUUUGCGUCGGACAUUAUUUUUUUUAAUACAACUGGAAAAAAGUUUCAUUUCAUGGCUAAAUACUUCAAUACUCUUUCUACUGGAAAGAAAAUCGAUAUUGAAACUAAAGAUUCGUGUAUGACUGAGAAAAUUGUCAAGGGAUUUGAAAAUGCAUUUGCAGCGAUAUUUUUCUUGCUUACCACACACUCGUUGCUGAGACAUACAAUUUAUUGGAAGCAAAACAAGGAGCAUCUUAAAGCCCACGAUCAAUUAAGGAGAGUACUGUGUGAACUCGUUCAGGAACGAAGAAAAGAAGUAGAAAAUACGCCGAUCGAGGAACCAUUAAAACCGGAUAUAAUGAAUUUGUUAAUCGCAGCAAAUACAGAACGCGACCCGAAUAAUUUAGAUAAACCUUUGACUGAUGAUGCAAUACAGAUGAGUUUAUUCGAGUCUAUUGCUGCAUCAACUGACACUACUGUGUCUGCCUUCGUAUUUAUUGUUGAAUAUGUCGGUAGAUAUCCAGAAGUGGAAGCAAAAAUUAAAGCUGAGAUUAAUUCGUUUUUUUCGGAUAAUUUGAAUCGUGUUGUCACUUACGAUGAUUUGAACGAAUUCAAAUAUAUCGAGGCUGUAUAUUAUGAAACGACUCGUAUCAACACAGCGGUGCCAUUUAUGUUCCGUACAAAUCAACGCGAAGAUGAAAUAGCCGGAUAUCGGUGGAAACCCGACACACAAUUCGUGGUGAAUUACCAAGCACCUCAUCGAAACGAAAAAUACUUUACCGACCCCGAAAAAUUUAUACCAGAAAGAUUUAUCAAUGUUGGUAGUGACGGAAAAAAUAUCUUCAAAAAAGCGUUUUAUCCAUGGGGUGGUGGACUACACAUUUGCCCUGCGAGAAAUAUCGGACUCGCUUUUGUAAAGAUGCUAUUGAUUCUUUUGUAUCGUAAUUACGAGGUUAAACUGGUUAAUGCGGAUAAACCGAUACAAACUUACCAUGAUUUUAUUUCCCAUUGUGCUGAUACGAAGGAAAUACCAACAGAAGAAUUGAAUUUUCGUGAUGUUCAAAUAAAGGAAGCGUUCAUAUACUCUUUUUACGUCUCCCGAAUUGGUAUGGCGAUAUCUUUUCGCUUACCGUACCCAAUGUUAAGAUCUUAUGAAAAAUUUAUUCGUCAACAGCGAACACAUAAUGGUCACGACUCUAAAUUAAAGCCGGAUGCAUUGAAUCUACUACUUGACUUGAAAGAAGAAUCUGUAUUGAAUAAAAAAGACAAUGGUGACGACAAUUAUCGCAUGGGCAAGAAGAUAUUCGGGACUCAUUACAAGAGAUUAUGA